AUGAAUCUUUUUUGGCGGCUCCAAUUAGUGGCCACUCUGUGCGAUCACGAAGAAAGCGUUUGGUCCAUUUCGUUUCAUCCACAAUUCAAACAUUUAUUGGCAACGUGUUCCUCGGAUAAGACGGUACGGAUUUAUUAUGUACGGAGUGAACGGAAGGAAGUGAAAGACUCUUCGGGAUGUUACAUGAUGAUGAAUCAACAACAACAACCAAAUAUUAAUUCAUCAUCCAAUCAUUUUAAUUUCAAGACCAUGAUCAAAUGUUUAGAUGUUUUAGAAAAUCAGCAUAAUAGAACCAUCCGAAGAGUGGAUUGGUCUCAUCCCAACGGAAAUGCUUUGGCUUGUGCAAGUUUUGAUGGAACGAGUUCUAUUUGGAUUUUGUUGAAAAACAAACUCGUAUCACAUUUGAAUGCACUUGAUGAAGAAUUUGUCAAACAACAAUCUCUACAACACAAUGACUAUUAUGAACAUAGUAAGAAGAAUGGAAUGUUUAGUUCGUUAAAACUUUUGAAGUGUGUCUCUACUUUGGAAGGACAUGAAAAUGAAGUGAAAUCCGUAGCUUGGAAUUUCAAAGACGUUUCUUCUUCGAGUAAUACUGAGAUGAAUGAUGAUGAAGAGAGUGAAUUUGGAGCUGACUGUGGAUUGUUGGCAACAUGUGGUCGAGAUAAAACUGUUUGGGUUUGGGAAGCAAUUGAUAAGAUUGGAUUUUCAGAUUUUGAUUGUAAUUCUGUGUGUAGUGGACAUACACAGGAUGUGAAAUUUGUGGCUUGGCAUCCAUUAACUCGAGAAAAUAUGCCAUCUCUAUUAUUUAGUGCAUCCUACGAUAACACCAUUCGUGUUUGGAAAGAAGGUGGAUUUAGUGACGACCAUUCAAGUCAUCAUGAUUUUUCACGCUCUACUGGAGGAGAUGAAUGGAAAUGUGUUGGAAUUUUGAGAGGUCAUACCAGUACGGUUUGGGCUCUUGCAUUUGAACCUCAUCUUGUGCUUGCGAAUUCAAUGAUGAAAAAUCAAAUGACAGAUUCUUCUGUUGGAAAUUCUGGUAGUAGUAGCAGUGGCAGUGGCAGCAGUAGCAUUAAUACGAACACGACGGUCACUCCUCUCGAUUAUCCUCAAUUUAUGGUCAGUGUUGGAGAUGACAAAUCCAUCAUUGUGUGGCGAGAAGAUGUUGUAGGAAAUUAUCUUGACAUGAAUAUGACAGCUGUUCAGACCAUUUCUGACGUUCACACUCGAACGAUAUAUCAUGUCGAUUGGUGUGUGUAUGAGAAUCCAUACAGACCCGGAGAAGCGAUUUCAUUGGUAGCUACUGCUGGUGGAGAUAAUGCUAUUGCAAUCUUUGAGUGGAAUAGAGUUGAACAAAAAUUGAAUUUAUUGACCAAGAUUGUGAAUGCUCACGAAGCAGAUAUUAAUUGUUGUAUAUGGAAUAAGAAUGUUUUUGGAGAGUUGGCCUCUUGUUCAGAUGAUGGUGUUGUGAAACUAUGGAAGUUAGAUUUGUAA